CGUCCAAGCUCACAAACUGAUUCUCAGCAUAAAGUCGAUUGUACAUCACCAAGUGUGCGUGUAGCUACAAUCAUCUCAUGGAACCUGGGCCCUGUGACUCUAUUAAACUAAACUGUAUUUUCAGCUACAAAAUGACAACUCGGAAAAGACCUCGAUUGUCUCAGUGGGGAUCUGUGAACAGCUGGCAGAGAGAAAAAUCCAUCAGUCAGUGUUUGAGAUACUCUCUUCAAAAGAAAGUUCUUACUGACGUGACUUUCAAGGUGGGAAGAGAACAAAAGAGCGUCCAGGCUCACAGACUGAUUAUCAGUAUCCGCAGCAGCGUGUUCGAAGCCAUGUUCUACGGACCAUUGGCAGAGCAGGAUGAGAUCGUUAUUCCGGAAGUAGAACACGACAUAUUUCAACAGUUUCUAAGGUACCUCUAUACAGAUGACGUCACAAUGGAUGGUGCCAGUGUAAUGGGUUUGUUGUACGUAUCAAAGAAGUAUGACGUCAAAACCCUGGAACAGAAGUGUCUGACGUAUUUGUCGUCAUCGAUGACGUCCGACAACGCCUGUGUGAUACUGGAGCAGGCCCACGUGUUUGAUGAGCAGGAAUUGAAAGAAAAAGCUCUGACUUUUAUUUUGAAAAAUGGAGAUGCCGCUUUAAAGUCAUCUGGAGUUAUCGACCUUUGUCAUGGAUGCUUCGUUAAGAUCAUACAAGCGGAAGAAUUGGACGUCAAUGAACAAUCUGUCUUUGAAGCUGUUGUGGCGUGGAGUGAGAGCGCCUGCAGGAAACAGAACAAAGAUGUAACUCACGAAAACAGACGACAAGUACUUGGGGAAGCCCUAAAGCACGUUCGGUUUCCCUUACUUGACCAGAAGUAUUUCGCGAAAAAUGUAGUACCAACUAAUUUACUGACUGACACAGAAAAAGUCAAGAUCUUCACACACUGUAUAUGUCCUGAUGAAAACGUUUAUCCAUUUAACGCCAAUAAGCGCAUGAGUGUUGUUCGUCGAAAUAAAAUUAUAAUACAGCGCCUCACCAUAGAUAAUAAAAUUACUUGCUCAUGUUCUACGGUUAUUGAUCAUGGAAUUAUGUUUUCUGUAAACCAAGACUCAUCACUACUAGGAUUCCAGUUGUAUGGUCCCAAAAGAAGAACCACUGCAAAUUAUGACAUCAGAGCUUUCAUAACUGACCCGACAACAGAUGACGUAAUCGAAGGUUCAUCAGUGACAAAGUCAGUCUCAGUCGCAGCUGGGACGAUAACAUAUGACGUGGAGUUUCCUCGACCCCUAAAACUGAGCAAAGACAAGAAGUACAAUCUGAUUGUUAACAUCGGUGGACCUGGCUCACACUGUGGGGAGUCCGAAAGAUCUACAGUACAGAACGGGUCGUUUGUGUGCUCGUUCUUCAACUGCCAGAAAUCCAAACACAGUAACAAACCAGUCGGAUAUUCAGAUGUGAGUUACGGACAGAUACCUGGUUUGAUGUUCUUAGUAUGAAAACCUGUAGUUGGAGAUUAUGUUAUAGUAGACUUUCUCUAACAGCCCAGCUAGUAGAGCAUUGGAUUCUUAUAAAUCAUACACAUAUAUAGUAGUGUAGGUUUAGUAUGGAGUCAUCUUCCUAGUAGUAGAUAGUGGGACUUUCUCUUAACAGCCCAGCUAGUAGAGCAUUGGAUUCUUAUAAAUCAGUGCUCGAAAUACUGCCGUCCCGACCACCUUUUGCCGGUGAACGUCACCACGGGCUGGAACAUAUGUUUGCCUUUAUAUUGUAUGAUCAUGUUUGGUCUGGUAGGUUUUGAUUUAGUCCGGCAGAAUUUCUGUUUUCAGCCAAUUUCGACCCCAGUGUAUAAAUGGUCCGUGGUUCCACCCCAUUCAGUAUUGGUUGGUUUAUAUGUAAAUGUUACAAUUUGUCGCCCAGAGGCCCGAGACAUAAAUUGACUUGAGGGUGUAGUAGUGUUGGUAUAAUGUCCCGCUCCUGCGCAGUAGCCAGUUAAAUGUCUUUUGUUAGCUCUGUUGGUAAAGCUUAGAUACAGAUAUACAUAUACUUGUACGAGUGCACGUGCACGCACAAGCACACCGACAUACACACACAGACACGUACACAUACGUCACUGAUGAUACAGUGUAUGAUGCGCUGAUAAUUAUCUUCAUUAAUUAAUGGAAUUAGCUGAUGUACACAAUAACUUUACAUUGAAGCAACAUUUAUUCCGUGCAUUUGACCAACCGCUAUGACUUAGGUUGGAGGACUUGAAUAAGGAGAAUUAUAUAUAUUUUGUUCAUGUAUUGCCUCGGUAAUUUGUAAAUUUUGUUUUAUGUUUAAAUUUUAUGUUGUGCAUUUGUUCAUAUAUCAUCAACGUCCCAUCCUGCGUUCACCUAACGACAAAAACACGAAUACGAUAUUUACGGAAAUACUAUUUUACAUUUUUCAGCUACGAUUCUGGACCCGAUAUCGAUAAUUUUAUGGAAUAAAAAAAAACGACUUAGCAAAAUUAAUGGUUUUAAGAGUUUGUAAACUUAUAAGUUUUGUAUUGAGAUACUUACUUGUCUGAACUUUAUCCUUUAUGGAAAUGUUCACGAACUGUGAAGA